AAAGUGGGCGGGUUCGGCAGGGAGAAGCGGCGGUUGGGGCGGGGAAGUUUGGUUGGAACCUUUUCGAGCGUUGGGGGGUUGCUGUUGCUUCCCUGCGAGGAUGCAGAGUUCCGACCUGGGCAGCAGAGAAGAGGGCAAGAUCUGGCACCGCAAGCCCUCCCCGGCAGCGCAGCAGGGAGUCAUUGCAAAUAUUAUUCAUAGUACGACAGGUUACCAUUCCAAGACAAUCCGUUUUCUCAAUGUGGCCUUUGGCAGUUCCGGAGAUUCAUUGCUUGCUGGAGAUCAUCAAGGGAAUAUCUAUGUUUUUGACUUGGUGGGCAACAGAUUUAAACUGGUUCAACGAACAAUGCAGGCUUCCACUGCUCUGGCCUUCAAUCUUCGUAGGAAAACCGAAUUCCUUGUGGCUUUGGCUGAUUAUUCCAUUAAAUGCUUUGACACAGAUUCCAAAGAACUUGUUAGCUGGAUGAGAGGACACGAUUCUUCAGUGUCCUCAAUCUCAGUUCAUGGUUCUGGGAGGUAUGCCAUCACAACCUCUACAGAUACAGCCCAGAUUUGGGAUCUUGACACGUUUCAGCGGAAAAGAAAGCUGAAUAUUCGCCAGUCUGUGGGUAUCCAAAAGGUUUUCUUUCUUCCACUAAGCAACACCAUUCUCAGCUGCUUUAAAGAUAACUCUGUCUUUGCCUGGGAGUUCGAUACACUUCGUUGCAAGUACCAGUUGCCAUCUCCAAUCGAAGGUUCUUCAUUGCGCUAUAAAGCUUUUGCGGUUACACGAGACGGCCGUGUCCUUGUAGCUGGUGGCAAAUCAAAUCACCUUCACGUGUGGUGUCUGGAGUCUCAGCAGCUGCUCAGAAUAAUCCAGAUGCCAACCAAAGUGCGAGCCAUUCGACACCUCGAAUUCCUUCCGGAUAGUUUUGACGGUGGCUCAAAUCAGGUUCUUGGAGUGCUGAGUCAAGAUAGCAUUGUAAGAUUUAUCAACAUACAGACGUGUAAGCUUCUCUUUGACAUUGGCAGUCCUGAGGAGGGAAUCUGCAUGGUCACCAUCAGUCCGAAUGGAAGAUACAUUGCAGCAGUCAUGGAGAAUGGCAGUCUUAAUGUCUACAGUGUCCAGGCUCUGACACAAGAAGUCAAUAAGCCUCCCCCACCUCUAUUCAAAGUGAUAGAUGACUCAUCCAGAGGCAAGUCUAACGCACAGAAGCUUAUAGUGAGAGUGACGUCUGGAAGGCCUGAGAGGCCUUGGAAAUCAAAAGAGGGGAAAAUCCAAACCAAAGUGUUAAGACCGCAACCGUUUGUGUCACAUGAGGAUAAAGAGAAUGAGCUGCCAGAUGGUCUGAACAAGAAACGGCUGCAAGCCUUGCUGAAAGGGUUUGGGGAGUAUCCAGCAAAAUACAGGAUGUUUGUUUGGCGGUCCUUGCUCCAGCUCCCAGAAAAUCACUUGGCCUUCAGCAGCCUGUUAGAUAAAGGGACCCAUUCGGCAUUUGUGCACCUUCAGAAUGAAUACCCUAUCAAAAGCCGGAAACUCUUGAGAGUCUUACAAAGGACUUUAUCGGCUCUAGCUCACUGGUCCACCAUCUUUGGCGAGAUGCCCUACAUCCCUCUGCUGGCCUUCCCUUUUGUCAAACUCUUCCAAAACAAUCAGCUCAUCUGCUUUGAGGUGGUUGCUACUGUAAUAGUUAAUUGGUGUCAGCACUGGUUUGAGUUUUUUCCAAAUCCUCCAGUCAAUGUCCUCAGUAUGGUGGAGAACAUCUUGGCCCAUCAUGACAAAGAACUGCUUCAGCAUUUAAUGAGUUACAAUAUAACAUCACAGGUGUAUGCUUGGCCUCUUCUAGAAACGAUGUUCUCUGAGGUGCUGACAAGGGAGGAGUGGCUGAAAAUGUUUGAUAAUAUCUUCUCCAGCCACCCUUCGUUCUUUCUGAUGGUGGUUGCUGCUUAUGUGAUGUGUUCCAGAGCCCCUUUGCUUCACUGUGCUCAGAAAGAAGACUUUGAGUAUUUCUUCCAUCAUCGGAACAACUUGGAUAUCAAUGUUGUAAUUAAGGAGGCCUACCAUCUCAUGGAGUGUACCCCGGCUGACAUCCAUCCGCGUCGUAUGCUGGAUGACUUUGUGCCGCUGACCAAGGGACAAUAUCCAGUAUUUAAUAAGUACCCCACAUUCAUUGUGGACUACCAGUCUCAAGAACGUGAGCGGAUCCGGCAGGAUGAAAUAGAGUACCUGAGAGAGAGGCAGUUGGUUCAUGAGAUGGAAGCUAAAGCCAUUGAGCGCCGGAUGGAAGAUGAAACUUGGUUUCGGAAACAAGAGCUGCUUCGUGAUGCUGAAGAGCAAAGAAGGAAGAUUCUGCUUAAAGAAGAAGAGAAACUCUCUGAGCAAAGGAGGAGGCUAGCGGCCGUGAAGAGAGAGCUUAAAGUGAAGGAGUUGCAGUUACUGGAAGCUGCAAGAAGGCGUUUUCUGAAAUACCAGCAAGAUCAGCGUGAAAUGGAGCUCAAAAGGCUCGAUGAUGAAAUUGCCAGAAAGGCAUCCAUGAGAGAGCAAGAAACUGCUGCUACAGUUCAAGAUAUUGAAGUGCGACAGAUGGAGCUUCAAUCACAAAGGCAGCUUUUUGAACAGAAACUGGUCAAAGAGCAGGAAAGUACGACACAGGAAAUAAAAGGGGAGCUGAACACCAGCCAGAAAAAAGCUGAUCUUGAGGAACACCUCUUUCAGAGGCUGAUUGACAUUGAGCAGGAUGGAGAGCUUAAAGCUAAAAGACUGGCUGAAGAAUCUUUGGCCAAGGCCGCUCAAGAGUGCAUUGACACAGACUGGCGCGCUCAGGUUCUCCGCAAGCAAAGGUGUGAUGAUAUGGAUCGUGAGGUGCGUUACCAAGAGCUAGCAAAGUUCCUCCAAAACAACAGAGCAACUGAGGCGGAGCUCUUUGAUGCAAUGAAAGGAGAGGAGGCCCAGAAAUGGGAGGAAGUUCUAGAAAAGAGAGAGCAGGUAGCGGCAGAGCAGGCCAUUACCGCUGCUUUGGAUGCCAACCGGAAACUCUUUCUAGAACGCGAAAUGAAAGAUGCCAUCGAGCUGGCUGCAAAGCUCCAGGAUGAAGACGGCUAUUUUGAGAGACUGCGUGACUUGAGAGCCUCCCAGAAUCGGCAAGUGUUAGGAGAGCAGCAAGCACCAAGCAAGACCCAGCCACAACCUGGCAAUAUCUGCUUAAAUGAGCCUCUGACAGGAGAUUCACCAAUACACUUUUCUUUAGAUAGAGGACGAGAAAAUCUAGAAUCUAAGGAACGAGAACUGAUGACAGAAGUUAGGCAGCUCAGGCAUAAGCUGAUGUCUCAGGCACGCGCAAAGGCUCACCCACGACUGGACGCAAAAUGGAGCACCUGAAGGGACACGAUCCAGCUUCAAAUGGACCUUAUCACUGAAAUCCUGAGUAGCUACAUUAAAGGGAUCACAGGAAUGAAUAUUAUAUCCUUUGUUUGUUUGAAAUACUUUUAAAGAGAAAUUUUGUAUAUAAAAAUAAAACACUAAAGUUCCACAUUGAAACUUUGUUUAAUAAACAUUUUAAAUAAGCAAA